GAAUCGAUUCUCAACGAGAAGGAGAAGCAAUUGAUUCGCUUGAAGAUCGAGGAGAACCGCCGGAAGCGAAAGCUCAGUGAAGAGACAAUGAAGGUGACGCUCGACUCCUGGGGCAACUCGUCGCCCGACUCCGGCAUAUUCAUGGGCACAGACACCAUGGACCACAACUCGGUGGACACCUACCGGAGCAACUCGAUCAGCGACUCGGAGCGCGACAUCAAGGAAGUGAUCCAACGGUGCAUCAAAUACGAGGACCAACUGAAUAGCAUAUCGGAGGACGUCUACGAGACUGCGGUGGAACUGGAGUUCUCUCUACUGCCGAUUGCCCGGCCCCUCACCGACUACCGCAACAACUUCAACGAACUCGAGGGCUAUAAGCUAACGGAGCUGUUUAGCGCCAUUUCCCUCAUACGGGAGCCGACGACCGCCAAACGGGUGGUUGAAGUUGUCGUAUAUCCCCAACAAAUGAUGGGUAACCUGGCGGCCAGGUUUGAGCGCGAGAUCAAGAAAGUGGUCUAUUUUAUCAAGAAUUUAACCGGUUUUCGCGAUGUCUGCGAGAAUGAUCAGAUAGCCCUGGUCAAGUACGGCGCCAUUGAGGUGCUCAACAUGCGCUCAAUUGUCUACUUUAACCGAGAGAAAGAUCGCUUUGAAUGUCCAAUUUCGGAUGAAAGUAAGGUGAUCAUGAAACUGGAUGUGAUGAAGCAACAAGUUACUCCUAUAUACAUGGCGUAUAAAAGUUAUUUUGAUCACAUGUGCCCGGAGUGGGACUCCGAUCCCGUAAUCAUUGACCUGUUGUCCGCUAUAUUGAUGUUUAAUCCCAACCGUCCCGGAUUGACCCAUAAGGAUGUGGUUAAGUUCCAGCAGAAAACAUACAUGUAUUUACUGCAACGGUAUCUGCUAUUGAGAUAUCGAUCGGAAUGCGAGUCUAAGUCCAAGUUCUUGAGACUAAUCAAUAUCUUAAAGGACGUCCACAUGACGGCCCGGUGUACCCGACAGGAGGGCAAAAAUAAUGGCGACAGGAAUCGACCCUUUCUUAAGGAGCUCUUCGAGGAGACCCACGAUAGUGCCGAGGAUGUUGUCAAUGAUAAUAUCACUGACGACACCACUACCCUACCAGCACAUCAGUCAGACAUACCACUCAGAUGAUCAGGGCGAUGCUCAUUACCUAC